UUGGGUGCGGACGAGAUCGCGGGCACCCGCGAGGGGCUGGGCUGGCCCCAUGCGCCCUUCACGGUGCCGGACUCGAUCCUCGCGGCCUGGCGCACCAUCGGCGAGCGGGGACGGGACGCGCGAGCGGCCUGGGAGGCGCGCCGUGCCGCGCUCGGCGAGGGCCGCCGGGGCCGCCUUCGACGCCGCCGUGGCGGGCGAUCUGCCAGCCGGACUCUCGGAGGCGCUCGCGGGAUGAAGCGAAGCUUCGCCGAUGAGGGGCCCACCAUCGCGACGCGGGUGGCGAACCAACGGGUGAUCGGCGCGAUUGCCGAUGCCUUGCCGUGCCUCAUCGGCGGCUCGGCGGACCUCACGGGCUCCAACGGCACCAAGACCGACGCGCUCGUCCCCAUCGCCCCCGGCGACUACGGCGGCCGCUACCUCUAUUUCGGCGUGCGCGAGCACGCCAUGGGCGCGGUGAUGAACGGCAUGGCGCUUCACGGCGGCGUCAUCCCCUUCGGCGGCACCUUCCUCACCUUUACCGACUACUGCCGGCCGGCGAUCCGGCUGUCUGCGCUCAUGGAGCUCCGCGUCAUCUACGUGAUGACCCACGAUUCCAUCGGCCUCGGCGAGGACGGCCCGACCCAUCAGCCGAUCGAGCACCUCGCGAGCCUGCGGGCGAUGCCCAACCUCUUGCUGUUCCGGCCGGCCGACGCCGUCGAGACGGCGGAAUGCUGGGAGCUCGCAUUGGCGAACGCCGAGCGCCCCUCGGUGCUGGCGCUCACGCGCCAAGGCGUGCCGUGCCUCAGGGCGGGCGCGGGCGGCAACGGCACCGGGAACGCCUGCGCACGGGGCGGCUACGUGCUGCGCGAGGCGAGCGGCGAGACACCCCGCGUCGUGCUGCUCGCCACCGGCUCGGAAUGCGCGAUCGCCGACGAGGCCCGGCAGACGCUGGAGGCCGCCGGCGUGCCGACGCGGCUGGUAUCGCUCCCCUGCUGGGCGCUGUUCGAUGAGCAGGAGCCCGCCUAUCGCGAUGGCGUGCUGGCGGGGCCGAUACGGUGCGGAUCGCGCAUUGGAGGGAGCAUGACGGUUCGCAUCGCCAUCAACGGGUUCGGGCGGAUCGGCCGCAAUAUCCUGCGCGCAAUUCACGAAUCCGGCCGCACCGAUCUCACCGUCGUCGCCCUCAACGACCUGGGCGACGUGGAGACCAACGCGCACCUGCUGCGCUACGAUUCGGUCCACGGGCGCUUCCCCGGCACGAUCGAGGUGGCGGAAGGCUCGAUCGACAUCGGCGCGGGGCCGAUCCAGGUGCUCAGCGAGCGCGACCCGGCGCGGCUGCCCUGGGCCGACCUCGGCAUCGACGUGGCGCUGGAAUGCACCGGGAUCUUCACGGCGCGGGAAAAAGCGGCGGCGCAUCUGGAGGCCGGUGCCCGCGCAGUGCUGAUCUCGGCGCCCGGAACGGAUUCCGACCUCACCGUGGUCUAUGGCGUCAAUCACCAGGCGCUCACGCGCGAGCACCGCAUCGUCUCCAACGCGUCGUGCACCACCAACUGCCUGGCCCCGGUCGCCUCCGUGCUGCACGACGCCAUCGGGAUCGCGAGCGGCUUCAUGACCACGGUGCACGCCUACACGCUCGACCAGCCGGUGCUCGACACGCUGCACAAGGACCUGCGGCGCGCACGGGGCGCGGCGGGCUCGAUGAUCCCCACCUCCACCGGGGCCGCGCGCGCCGUGGGGCUCGUGCUCCCCGCGCUCGCCGGCAAGCUCGACGGCACCGCGGUCCGGGUGCCGACCGCCAACGUCUCGAUGGUCGAUCUCAACUUCGUCGCCAAGCGGUCGACAACGGUGGAUGAGAUCAACGAGGCGGUGGCGAGCGCCGCCGCCGGCGCCAUGGCCGGCGUGCUGGCCUAUAGCGAGGAGCCUCUGGUCUCGGUCGAUUUCAACCAUCGGCCGGAAAGCUCGAUCGUCGAUGCCGGCCAGACCGCCGUGGUCGAUGGCACGCUCGGCCGCGUGCUCUCCUGGUACGACAACGAAUGGGGCUUCUCCAACCGGAUGGGCGACGUCGCCGCCCAUCUCGGCAACCUGUGA